UAACACCCUUAUUUUCUCUCUCUACCUCUCAUAUAAAGGGAUCUUUACUUAAAAAUUUUCUUCUCACCGUCUUCUUCAUCUUCAUUAAGAUUAAUUUAAAAUAAAUUUCUGGGAAUUGAUUGGUGCAAUUUUUGUGAAUCUUGGAAAUCAUGUCUUAUAAUGAAGAUUAUGGUCGACACAAUUCGAUAUUUACACAAAGUUACCGAUGUUACCCUGCCUCUUUUAUUGAUAAGCCGCAACUGGAGAAGGGCGAUAAGAUUAUAAUGCCUCCAUCAGCUCUUGAUCGACUUGCUUUUCUGCACAUCGAGUAUCCAAUGUUGUUCGAGUUGAGCAAUCCAUCUGCUGAUCGUGUCACUCAUUGUGGGGUGCUGGAAUUUGUUGCUGAUGAAGGCCUAAUUUAUCUUCCAUACUGGAUGAUGCAGAAUAUGCUUCUCCAGGAGGGAGACAUUGUUCAAGUUAAGAAUGCUAGUCUAUCAAAGGGAAAAUUUGUGAAACUCCAACCUCACACCAAGGACUUCCUUGAUAUAUCCAACCCCAAAGUCGUCUUAGAGACUAGUUUGAGGAGCUUCUCUUGUUUAACCACUGGAGACACAAUCAUGGUUGAUUAUAACAACAAAAGAUUUUUCAUUGAUGUUGUGGAGACCAAACCCUCAUCAGCUGUCAGUAUUAUUGAGACUGACUGUGAGGUCGACUUUGCACCACCCCUUGAUUACAAAGAACCUGAGAAGCCAUCACGUCCAACACCAACAAAGAGAUCAAGGCCAGAAGUUGAAGAAGAGCCAGAUAAGAAAGUUGCCAAAUUUAACCCAUUCACGGGACCAGGGAGACGCUUGAAUGGAAAACCUUCAACAACAACUGAUGAAACAGCUGAAAAUCCAGAGUCUAGUAAAACUAAAGCAACAGAAACCCCUGCUUCUACCCAGUGCAACAAGAAUGAAGCACCAUCGAGCUCCACUAGUUCUACUCGAAGUUGUGGGAAGCUUGUUUUUGGUUCAAGGUCAGACCAACCUGCAAAUGGGACGCCAAAAAGCAAUCAGAAUGUGAAAAAGGAAGAGCCACCUGUAAAAGCAGAAGAACCUAAGUUCCAAGCAUUCACCGGGAAGAAAUAUUCACUGAAAAGCUAAGCUUGGAACGAGGAAAUAUAAUUCAGUGCUGAGCAUGAAUCCCCCAACUUACUGAUAGUUUGACUCCACCUCUUUUGUUAUAAUUUGGCUAGGUUCUAAGAACUUGAUCUAAACCGAUAAUAUACAUAUGAUAGGUUUAUAACCGUGUUGUUCAAUGACUGUAAAAAAUCGUAAUUGGUUAGAGCAUUUGGCAUACAGCAAUUCAUAACUUUAAUUUCCUCUCUGUAAUUUAUUUUUUUUGGCUACAGCCGGCAACACCAAAAUCAUGACUCGAUCAGUUUACAUUAUAGUGCCAAUGCAUGUUUAUAUC